AAAGUCAAGUGUGCAGCUGACUUGCAGGUCUGUAAAAGAUUUAACAUAUUUUUUGCAGAAGCUAGAUUCCCCUGCCCCGAAUACUGGUCCUACUUUUCCGGAACCUGUUUCAUCUUCCACGAGAGCCUAAAGACAUGGAUUGAAGCUGAGGCUUACUGUUUGUUUGAAGAGGCAAACCUGGCAUCAAUCCAUAGUGAUGGGGAGAAUAACUUCGUCCAGGCUUUGACUCAAACUUGGACAGACUUCCCCAAAACCUGGAUCGGUGGCCACAAUGCUGUACACCCCUCUUUUUGGAUGUGGAGUGAUGGCUCCAGGUUUGACUACGAGAACUGGUUCGAGGAGCCACAGUCUGACAGAGACGAGCACUGUCUGAAGAUGAAUUUUGGAU